CCGUCAAUUGCCGGACGUGAGGUGCAGUUUGCCGAAGUUCGGUUUGGAAAAAAAAAACACCUCUCCAUCUCUCCAUCGUUCUCUCUCUCUCUCUCUCUUUGUGCGAAGCCCAAUUCACGCAUUCUAGAGCCUUUUUCUUUUCCCCCCGCUUUCUUUUUCGAAAAUCCAGCUUGGCUGCUUUCAAAAAAAAACAAAAAGUAAAAGCGAAAGAGAAGGGAAAAGGAAAGUUUACGGGAUACUUAGCACUGUUGUUCCUUUGGGGAAAUGGCGAGUAUACAGGCUAUUAGGGCGAAUUGCCGCAAGGUCAUGUGCAUUGGGCGAAACUAUGCCGAUCACAUCAAGGAGCUAUCGAGCGCGACGCCCAAGCAGCCGUUUUUCUUUCUCAAGCCACCGUCGUCCAUUUUGCUUCCUGGGGCGGGGCCCGUGCUGCGACCUCGGGGCGUGAAUAUGCACUAUGAGGUUGAGCUGGGCCUUGUCAUGGGCAAGACGAUACGGGAUCUGCAUCCAGAGGAUACAAAGGGAGCUAUGGAUGCUAUCGAAGGCUACAUCCUCGCUAUUGAUAUGACGGCGCGAAACGUCCAAGAUGAGGCCAAGAAGAAAGGUCUCCCAUGGUCCAUUGCAAAAGGCUUUGACACCUUUAUGCCCAUCAGCAACUUCAUUGCCAAGCACCGCAUCCCCGACCCACAGAAAGCCCAUCUCUGGCUCUCUGUCAACAAUGAGGUCAAGCAGUCUGACAACACUGAAUUGAUGCUUUUCCGGAUCCCCCGACAGCUAAGCGAUAUCAGCAGGGUCAUGACGCUGGACAAGGGUGACAUUGUCCUUACCGGUACGCCAAAAGGUGUAGGCCCAGUAAAGACUGGUGAUGUUAUGCGUGCGGGAAUCAAAGUCGACGGAAAGGAUAUCGAAGAGGCGAAUAUGGAAGUACCGGUUGCGGAUCGCGAGGGUUUGUAUGAGUUCAAGGAGACUUGA